UGUUAAUAUAGCUGUCAAUAAGGAAAUUAACCCAUCUAACUACUCUCACUACUCCGGCGACCUCACGACGAAAGCGUUUGCUUUGUUGGUGAGGUUAAAAAAAUAAUAAAUAAGAAAACAAAUCCAGAAAAAAAGGUAAAAGAUUAUAUAGGAAAAAGGAAAAGGAAACAAACAACAUGCCAAUCCCGGGGCGUCCGAGUCAAAUCGCUCCGUCCAACUCGUCCUCCAUCUCCUCGGACGCCAAAUUACCGUCGCCAUUUCCCCAACCACCACAAUGAAUUGAAGGUUUUGAUCAACCGCUCGGCCAUCCAUCGCAUUUUCGCCUCCAGAUCCGGCGCCCUUUCGUCCUCCGCGCACAGCUGGGGGGAGAAUUCAACGCACCGUCGCCGGAGAUUAUCUAACGAGAACCAGAAAGAGGAAGAAAAAUCAGAACAGAGGAGGAAGAAAAUGAGUUUUGUUUUCCGCGGGACCAGAGCUGAAUUAGAUUUAGAAAAUGGCUUUCCUGGAUUCGUCCCUGAGCGCCGAGCAAUGCGAGUUCAUCCGACUCGGCCGGUUAAUUCCAACUCGCUUGUAUUCCUCGUCACAGUUCUAUUGUUGUUCAUGAUAUUGAACUCACACCAAAUGCCUCCCAAUUUCCUGCUAUGGCUGGUGCUUGGGGUAUUUUUGAUGGCCACAAUCUUGAGGAUGUAUGCAACUUGUCAACAACUGCAAGCUCAGGCGCAAGCUCAUGCGGCCAUUGCCAGUGGGCUACUUGGCCAUACCGAAUUAAGGUUGCAUAUGCCACCAUCCAUAGCUCUUGCAACCAGGGGACGUCUACAGGGCCUCAGACUCCAGCUUGCUCUCCUUGAUAGAGAAUUUGAUGACCUAGAUUAUGAGACUUUGAGAGCACUGGAUUCUGAUGUUGUUCCCACCACAUCAAUGAGCGAGGAAGAGAUAAAUGCCCUUCCUGUUCAUAAUUAUAAGAUUUCUGGUCCUCAGAUUUCGGUCCCUCUAGUGCAACAAGCAUCAUCGUCCAUUCCUACAGAGCCAAAGCAGCAGCAGGAGACAUCAAAUAGGUUUGGUAGCUUGAAGGCUUCAGAGGAUGAACUUACUUGCAGUGUAUGCUUGGAGCAAGUGGAUGUUGGAGAAGUCAUACGUACCCUCCCAUGUCUGCAUCAGUUCCAUGCCAUUUGUAUUGACCCAUGGUUGAGGCAACAGGGAACAUGCCCAGUUUGCAAAUACAGGGCAGGAUCCAGCUGGGCUGAAAAUGGACAAGCUCUGGAUGCUGCAUACAUGGUUUAGCUUUUAACCUCUGCAUCAAUUGACUCAGUCUACCUCUCCAAAGAUAGAAAGUAAAAGGUUCACUGGAGUUCCUAUUGAACAAAGAUGGAAGGUCUAAUUUAAUAGUUACUGUGUGCCUAACACUAAAACGUAAAUCUUUUUCAGACUAGUGCACACUGCAGAAAAGAUGCGGAUUGAUGUAUUUAGUAACAUCAUAACAUUUUGUAAUUUAGAUUACUCGGGAAGUUGGCAAUCGAAAAUCACAGUUAUUAUAGUAACUUUUUACUUGCCGUUACCUGAAAUGAUAUUGAAAUUGUUACUAUCUGCUAGCAGAAUAGCUGGUAAUUUAUUGGCCUUAACAGUCGUGCUAUCGCUCUAAGUGAGUCGACAACUACAGUUGAGUUUCAAAUACAACAAAAUGGAAGAACUAAAACUGGGAAGCUGGAGGCUGGAGCACAUUCCUUUGUUACUUGGACUUCCCUUUGCCCUUCCCUCCACCCUUCUUUGCGUCUAGUUUGGCCUGAAUACGAGCAGCGGCAGCAGCUUUCGCUUCUUCUCGUUUCUUCUUCUCUUCCUCUUUGACUGCGGCCGCCAUUUCCCUUUGCUUCUUCAGCUCAUCUAGCCUAGCUCUCUCCUCUGAAACACUGCUCAUGCUGGAACCUUUCCGAGGACGACAAGCCACAAGUUCCACCUCGAAAACAAGAGUUGCACUGCAUCAAGAGAAAACGUGCCCUAUCAGAAAACAGACUCAGAUCAUGAUUUAACACAACUGUCUAGCUAUAGCAUUACUCUGCUGGAAUAU